CAUCGAUCGCGCGCCCGAGCGGGGCGGCUCAUCAGUCCGCCGGGGCGGCCGGCGAGAGCGCGCGCGUGUCAUGCGCCGCUGAGAUGGCCGGCGCUCGGGCGCUCGUGGCCGCCUGCUGCUGCUGGUGGUGGCUGACGAUCACAGCCGCCACCGAGCUAGACUUGCUUGGCGCCCUGUCGCUGCACAACACGUCACGAUCCGGUGUCACCGUCGCACCGGGCAUGCAGCCGCAGCGUACCGCCUACACAUUGGAAGGUGAUACGCGAUCACUACAAGUAGAAGGCAGCGCUUAUGAACGUGCUACAGAACUACUUCGCCGCUCGCCAGAGUUCACAGUACUGGCGGCGUUACGGCAGGAGCCAGCCAAUUCAGGAACGAUAUUAUCCUUCUCACAUGGCUACAACAGGUACCUGGAGGUGCAGUCGAGUGGACGCCGUGAUGAAGUGCGGCUGCACUACGUGGCGGCGGGCACUGCGACAGCGCGCGUGGAGACCUUCCCCUUUCGUCUGGCGGAUGGCGCGUGGCAUCGCCUCGCGCUCUCCGUUUCCGGCGCCCAAGCCACAUUACUUGUCGACUGCCACCCUUUAUAUCGCCGCCUUAUUCCACCCCCUGACCGCAAUUUCUCACAACCGCAGUUAGCACUAUGGGUUGGACAAAGAAACAGCAAACAUUCACUUUUUAAGGGCACACUUCAAGAUGUGAGGUUAGUGAGCGGUCCUCAUGGUUAUCUUACGCAAUGCCCAGGGUUGGACUCUGAAUGUCCUACUUGCGGUCAAUUUGCGUUAUUACAAGCUACAGUUCAAGAGCUCACUUCACAUAUCCAUGACCUUUCGCUUAAGCUAUUGAGUGCUGAAUCUAGACUAUCACGAUUGGAACAAUGCGACUGUCAAAAGUCGUGUUACUCCAAUGGCACUGUCCAUGCGGAUGGCGCUACAUGGCAGAGUGAUUGCAAUCGUUGCUCCUGCGUGCACGGUGAAAUCACGUGCAGGCCAGUUGAAUGCGAACGAGCAGAAUGCAAGAAUCCAGUUAUACAUCCAGGGGAAUGUUGCCCCACUUGCCUGAAGCGGUGCUUACUUAUGGGAACACUUUACGAACAUGGAGACAGAUACACCCCUAAACAAUGCGCAGUGACAUGUGUAUGUCACGACGGUAACAUGCAAUGUGGCCGUGUUAAUCCGGAGAAGAAUUGCCCUAAGCUCCCUUGUGAUAUAAAAGAUCAAUUCUCUGUGCCCGGAGAAUGCUGCAAGUUUUGUCCAGGCGUAGACUACUGCAGUAUGGGCCACUCUUGUGAUGAAAACGCUACAUGUAUGAAUCUCAAUACAAAGUACACGUGCACAUGCAACCAGGGCUUCCAAGGCGACGGCUUGACAUGUGAAGAUGUGGACGAAUGUCAGGAGGAAGGCGGCUUGCGUGGUCACCAUUGCCACUCCAACACGCGCUGCGUCAAUGUUGUUGGUAGUUAUGUAUGUCAGUGUCUACCUGGAUACGAACGAAAGGACAAAUUCAAUUGUUAUGAGGUAACGAUCUGCACGGGCGGUUGCUUAAACGGUGGAGUAUGUGAAGCUCCCGAGCAGUGUAAAUGUCCGCACGGAUUCGCUGGGUCCCGGUGCGAGCGCGACGUGGACGAGUGCGUGACUGCGGCGCACCCUGGCGACAUGCCUGCGUGCGGACCACGCGCCCUCUGCGUUAACACACCCGGCUCAUACUACUGCGUGUGCCGAGCCGGAUACCGGCGUGAUACACAUCUCGAUUACUGCGAAGGUAACAUUGUACCAUCAUAAAAAUCGAAUUUAUGUGUCUAUUGUGUUGACGAUAGCUUUGCCAACCUCUUUAGAUAAGUGUUUUUAUAUAUUUAAUUUAAAUAUGACUUUGUCACUUAUUGAUUAUUGUUUAUCUUUGCUGUGCUGUCUGUUUCUGAUCGUACCUUGUGUUUGACGUAUUCUUCUUAAUUAAAUAAUUUUCUUCACUAAUAUUAUCUUAUUAUUAAUUAUCUACAGGCCAUUGUGCUUGCUGUCGAUUAGAUAUUGACUAUCUUAAUUCCCUUUACAGAGAUGGCGCUGCGAGAAUAUUAAAGCAAAGAUUUGACAUUUAUUCAAUACGAAUUCUAAUAAGAUGAUAAGAUCUAGUUACCUUGUGAUAUCGACGAAUGUAUAGAAGGCUUCCACACGUGUCACCCGAGUGCGAGAUGUAUAAAUACCGAAGGAGGAUUUAGAUGUGAAUGUGAAACUCAACCAUGCGAAUUAAGUUGUUCAUGGCAAGGGAAAAUAAUGACUGACGGUUCGAGAUGGGCCGAGGCGGGUGGAUGUCAGUCGUGCUCGUGUACGAGAGGUGUCGCCAGCUGCGUGCGGGCCCAAUGCGCCUGCGACCUGCACGAUAACUACACUACCACCACGGAGAUCAGCAGCUUAACAGAACUGGUGGCGCCCGCGGCUUGCUGCCCGCACUGCGACCCAGCGUAUCACUGUCGCCACCAGGAAAUGCAUCACGUUACCUUCCGAAGCGGCGAGCGGUGGCUUUAUCAGUGCCAGAUCUGUGAAUGCCUUGUAGACUGCUGGGAGCCAGAGUGCGAAGAAACGAGUGGAUGCUGUAUGGCGGGUGGGGGGAGGGGUAUGAUCGGGGGCGGGGGCGGGGAGGGCGCGCACCGCCUGGAGCUCGCGGGCUGCGCGCCGCCACACUGCGCCUCCUGCCAGUCGGGUAGCUGGCCGUGUCACAUAGUGCAGGCAUGGUUCGGUGAGAGCAUGGAGUACAUGGGUGGGUGUUGCCUCAGAGCGCGGCGCUCGGUGACGGCGCUGCUGGCGCUGGCGGCGGUGUGGUGGGGGCGCGGGCGCGCGCACCGCAAGCACCGCGGCGCGCGACGCUAG